GAGUUCCACUGUGGACACACACUGGCCCAGUCAGCACAUCCACAGCGAUCCCAGGAGCACCGGACCAAUGUGGCAGGGUGUGAGAGGGUGCAACAGCAGGACUAGGAUGGACACGGAGGAUCAGUGGACACAGGCCUUGGCUAGCAACAACGUGAGGGCCAUCCUGCGCUGGAUAUGCAGCCUUUCAGCUGAAGUGGGAAAUGCUGAUGUGGAGGCCAGCCUUGCUACUUUCAGCAGCUGGGUCCAGAGGACGGCUGAAAUUUCAAAGAAGGAGUUACUCACCCUUUGCUUCAGCCGUUGCCAGGGCCUGUGGAUCUUCCUGGACCACAGCUGCUUCACCAGGGUGCACCUGCUGCUGCAGCGACUGAAGAACCUGCUUACCCUGGCCCAGUGGGGGAGGAGGCAGAGCGGCCUGACACACUUCUGGCAUGGAUUGGGGAUCCCGUGUGUGGUCUGCAGGGCCGGGUGUGGAUCCUCAGCUGUGAGGCAGGACUUCUGGAAUCGGAUACACAGAGCUCUGAAGCAACACAUCUGGCUGGGUCGGCUUGUACAGUGGUGGGGCAUCACCGGACUCCUGCCCAAGUAUCCUGAGGCUCAAGAAAUGAAGCGGAUCUAUCAGAUGUGGAGAGAGAUGGAUCAGAACCACCGCAGGGCUUCCCUCCACACUCUUGGAUGGGAGGAGGAGGGAAGGGAAAGGUGGAAUUCACUGAUCCAGGGUAUGGUGGCUCAGAUGGACCAACAACAUGGGCCCAUAUGGAUUUCUGAGGACUGCACAGACCAGGGCUAUCCACCCCCUAACCUGCAGGCUCUUCUGAAGCUGGUGCUGGUGCCUCGCAUCAACAACAUGUCUGUUCAGGCCAUUCUCAUGUACUUCAUCCUGGACAUGGCACAUUUCCUGCAGUGCAAAGAUGACCUCCUGCAGUCCUUUUGCCACGCCUUCAUCAUCCCUCCCAGCUUCUCCCAGCAGAUCCGGGCCUUCUGGCUCCUCGACCAUGGACACUUAUCGGGCUCCAUGGAGCUGCUGCUGAGCCCCAGGUCUGAACCACCCUGGUUCUCCUGGCAGCACCACUGCAUCAUCCACAGCCUGCUGAGGAGAAAGCAGCUCCGCUUGGCGCUGAAGUACAUCUACUGGACCAGACUAGCCACAGACACCCCCCACGACCUGAAGCUCUGUGUGGACGUACUCCUACAGAACAGCCAUGUCUCAGAUGCCUGGGCCCUCCUGAAGAAAGGUCACACAGGAAGAAACGACAUGGUCAGGUACUUCCUCCAUGGAUGUGAGAGGCUUGGCCUAUGUGUGGCGGCUUCCGACUGCAUGGAAGCAAUAUGGAAGGAUGUGGGCCACUGUACUACUCAGUCGGAAGAGGCUGAAGGUCAGUGUGGAGUAGAGGGGCUUCCUCAGCAUAGGAGGACCACAGGGAUAUCUAUGGCAGUGAAAGAGCCAGGGGGUCCCAUUCAUCCGUUAUCUGCCCUGCUGUAUCAGUCUCAGAACAUCAACACACUCUCUUCAGAGGAUUUCAUCAGACUCCUCAGGGAAUCUAUGGUUGAACUGAGACAACCCCAGCCAACAGCAAGUGAGGAGGUGACAUGGCCAGGGGAGCACCAAGAGAGGAGAGGGAGCUGUCGGAACCUGAGUCUGACCAUCCAGGCCCUUAGGCACCACCUCCCUAGACCCUCCCCAGUGGGUAUGAUGACUGACAGGCUGGGAGAGCAGGGAGACACAGAGCCACCUGAUCAUGACCUGCCUCUUAUAGCUGCGGAGAAACCCUGGACCCCGGCACACCUCUCCUCUCAAUCCCUGUCCAAGGAGACCUCUGAAUCUAUGUUCUCUUUCACAUCUUCCCCCUCACUGCCCUGCCUGAGACCGGGCAUCCCAUAUGUGUAUGGGAGCACAGUAAUGCUACAGCGGAUCCCAUCCCUGCUCAGUGAUAGAGGACGGUGCCAGAACAGUCAGGGUGACAGCCCUUCCCCCCCAGCAGACAUACUCCUCCCAGACUACCCUGACCGGACUCUGACACUAGAGGGUGCCACAGACCCUGUCUCCUUCAACAGCCUCAGUAAAGACAGCAUGGAGGUGGAUGAGCUGGUGUUCUCCACUGAGUGGGGAGUGGAGGACAUAAUGACCUGUGAUAUACCAGGAGACGACGUCUUCAAUGUGGAAGAGGAGGCAGUUCCUCCUGUAGAUGUAACGUUAGACAGAAGGCAUAGUCUGAGCAGACUGAACCUCCAUCCUCAGUUCUACAGUAAUGAGGACAACCAAUCAGUGCCCUCUGUAUCUGAGAUCCAAGUGGAGAGUCACAACUUCCUGACACCUGACUAUGAGAAAAUGGACUACUACAAGGAGGUUACUGACAAAAUCAUGCAUGCACCAAGUGUGAGUGACGUGUGGAGCAUCAUGCCUGGAGGGGAAAAAUCAGGGAACAUCCGCCCCCAGACCUCCACCUUUUCUGGGGCUGUUGCUGCCUCAUCUCACUGCUUCCUGGAGCUGGAGCCCUUACAGAGGGCAUUCGACCCUCCACCGCUUGAGGAUUCAGUGGAAUGUUUCCGCCGGGACUCCCAGGAUGCAGUGGACCAACCGGAGAUCCUGACCUCCUGUGCACUCACUGAGACCACCCAGGAUCUGCUCUCUGAGCUCCACCAGACCUUCUGCUUCCUGGAGGAGCUGGGAGACACAGGUUCCAGUGGCCCAGAGACAGAGAGAGGCUCUACCCUGGAGGGGGAGCAAGACAGUGGGGCUUCCGGGAGGUACAUCAGGCCCUUCUCUCUCCAGGACUCCUCUCUGCUCAUCCCCCUGCGGAGGUCCGCACGCUCCAGACAGCUACAGGUUCCUGGGGUGUCUCUGUCCCCUAGGACUAGCCCCAGCCGCACCCCCCAGCUCAACCCCUCCUCAGCCCUAGAGACAUCCAGGGAUAGGUUACCUGCAGGGGGGAAGGCCUCGCACAAGGAGGAUGCAUCAUGCUUCAGAAGCACCCCAGAGGAUAGGCUAGGCCACUGUAAGCUGGGCAGCUGGUGGAAACAAGCCCUGGAGACCCGGAGGGCAUCCACUGGCCUACUCCCUGCCAUAGAGCAGGUGUCCACGAUCUCACGAGAAAAGAGGGCCUCUCUUGUCCCAGGGCAACCAUACUCCCACAGUACGAUCAACUUCCAGGAGUCUCCGGCCAAGCAGAGAGGAGACAAGUGGGAGGUCAAACAGGCGGAGAAAGAGGAGCUGCUGGGACGGAGGGGCUCUGGGAAGUUGCCCCACCAGCGAGUGGAGCAGGACUUGGCGAGCCAUAGGGGAGCCAGAGUGAAGAAGGGCAAACGGGUGAAGAAGGCAUGAGGACAUCCCGUUACACAUCUAUACUGUCAUUCUGUAGAGUGACGAACAAUCAGUGUAUGUGUGUAAGAUGUAUAAUUAACCAAAUCCUGUAUGGUAUUACUGUUGUGCUACACUUCAAACCACUGUAAAUUUAGUCAGGUGCAGACUGUUAUUAAAUGUUUUUUACUUGGCAGAUACAAAUGUAUAUUUCUCACUGAAAAUAUUUUUUGUUUGUCACAGUAAUGGCUCCACAGUAAUGGCUCCACAGUAAUGGCUCCACAGUAUGCAUGGACAGAUAAUCCAAAUGGUGUGGUUGCAUCUAAACACAUGAUGUUUCUCUUUUAUCUAAAAAAAUAUUCAAUUUUGAGCACGGUGGUGAUCGUCACCAUGGCUGUCAUGGAUAAUGGUGCAGUGACCUUAGUACACCACAUCACCUAUACGGUCAUCUCACAUCAUCACCUCUCCUGUCACCUCUCUGAGCUCUUCAUCUGACAGGUCCUGAUUCCUUUGGCGACCCCUCCGCUCCUAUAGGCUGCUGGUGUGUUCUCUGGACACAUCCUCCUCCUUAUACAGUUAUCACAUACACACACACACACACACGGAACAGCUCAUCAAUAGUUAAUCUCUCAGUAAUUAUUGACAUGGGUUAAAUUAUUUAAUACUUCACGAACCCAGUCGAGAUUAAGAAUAGUGGAUUCUGGGUCAUUUGCGUAUCGUUUCAAUGAUCUGAAUAGAUGCAAGGUCAUUUGGAUUGACUAUAAGGAUACAGAUAAACUCUUGACUAACUCAUUCUAAAAGCACCAUAUGGUGUCCUUGGAUAUCUGUCAGUUUUCCCCCUUUUUAAAAAGGAUUUGCCUUGCUGCUAUUCCAUCUCAUGAAAAAUGGAUGACCUCCCAGUGCUAGUUGCUGCCGCCUUCUCUCCUCACAUUUGCACAGUGCCCUGAGAUUGCAUGUAUGUUAGCAUCCCUCCCCUCUCUCGAUUUUGGAGGUGGAGGGGGUUGAAUAAUUUAACACACAUUUCAGCAUGACAUUUCUGCUUGGGGUCUCCCGUCCAUGAGCCAGGCCCACACACACACUGCACUAUUACCAAAGAUAUGUGUGUCAUCUUCUGGAGUUGUUAGGCCUCCCUGCAUGACCUCACCAGGUGUGACAGCACCUCUGAUACCCAUUUGGUGCAUGGGGCUGGAUGAACAGGACCAGCCAGUGUUUUGGAUGCUUUAGUUUACACCUCAACAAUCAUGAUUGGGAUUGGCUGCACAGUUUGUUUUUUGAAUCCAAAGAACCUUUCACACAGUAGAAUAUCUUCAUCCUAGUUAAAUAAAGGUUAAAUAAAAAAUGUAAUCCACAUCUUACAGCGCAGUAUAGUAAUUCAUGAUUUGAGCACAGAUAAAGAUCUUCCAAAUGGAAAUAUUCUAGGGGCAAAAACCUGUCUGGAAGUAAUGAUGCUCGAAAACAUAUCAGGACACGCGGUCUGGAAAAUAAAAAAAUGUUCUGACCACAUACAUCCAAUAACUCCCACUAAUUUGAACACUGAUAAAAAUCGUGGAAACCUGGGCUCUGCACUGCAACAAAAUUACACAUAAAUCAUGUGCAGAGCAGACGAGGUUAAAAAUCCCAACCAAACAUGAUGGAUAUAAAUUGCUGUCUGAUGUUUGUAAAUCAUUGUUCUAAAUAAUUGUCUGUGUGCGACUGGAGGCGCUCUGGAAAAUGCAGGGCGAUUAAUACUUGCUAUUGCAAAACUCUCCAUGUGAGUUCCCUUCUGACCCCUGUAAUGUACUUUUUAUUGCUAUUUCAUCUAUUUCUUCAUCUUCAAAAGGAGCGUCCUUAACCUUCCCCAGUGUAGAUUCAUAUAGGCCACAGUAAGCCCCAUCUUUGUAGGGGGUUAAUAUAGAAUAUUCAAUCCAUUUAGAACAAUAAAUCAAAAUAAUGCAGAUAUAACAGCUGCUACUUUCCAUAACAUGGAAAUCAUUUGCAGCUUAUUUUCAAAACACUAUAUCCACCAAUGUUGCUCUUUUGUCAUCAGAAAUGAUUUCUUCUGGGUACGUUAACAUGUGUGUACAAUGUUGCUGUUCUCUGAUGUUUUUAUUCAUCGAUUUUAGAUGUGUAUGAAAAUGAGUUUGUUUUACAAAAUGCUGUAUAUUAAUUAUAUAGCCUGUAUUUGACUGAAAUGUGGUUGUCUUAAGAUGAAUGCACUUACUGUAAGUCACUCUGGAGCAUCUGCUAAAUCACUAAAAUGCCAAACAUAAGUGUUUUACAUACAGAUCUCAUAUUACUGUGUUGAAUUACUAUAUAUAUAUAUAUAUAUAUAUAUAUAUAUAAUAUUAAUGUCAAAUGUAUAAGUUGUAAAUUAUUUAAAAUGUAGUCUUUAUUAAAAAUGUAGUUAUUUGUUACAUUUGACUGUAAAACCUAGCAGUACUACUUGUUUCUCUGAGUGAGGCAGAUGUAUAGCAUUUAUCAAAAAACAAUCUCUGAAAUUAAAUCGUCAAGUGAUAGAUUUUUAACAAAUAUAUGUCUGUCAUUAAACAACCCCAUGCCAUGGUUAGAUAGUGAACACAGCGAUCGCUUAGAAUUUCUUUAAACAAUAAAAGCUCAU